ACACCACUGACUGACAUUGAAAUCAAUAAAGAAGCUAGGUCAAUAUUAUAGAUCAUUGUAGUUCUGUGAAUGAUUGCUAUGCUUCCUCCCACCCGGCAGAUGGACACAGUGUUUCUAUAUUAACCACUUGAGUUUUGUAGAGGCUCUCACGCGCAGGCUACCUUGCAUGCGUAUGCGUACGCAGUUCUUCUCGUGUAUUACAUUGUAACUACAUUUUACAGUCAACAUUAAGCCCGUCUGACUGGAGCAUCUUGUCCGUGCGCAUCUCGCGUGUCAGAGAAACCUUUAAACCAUGUCGACAGUCUUCUCUUUCCAGACACAGCUCGUCUCCAUCAUGGACGCGUUAUCCAAAACAGCUGUGAUGGAAAUAAGCAAACUGGUGGAGAUCGAGUCGAAGAUGUUGAAAAUAGAGAUAACUCGAGGGCGGAACGAAAUCGCCUCGCUCACAGAGAAACUGCAGCUGAUGGAGAAAUUGCUUUACAUCGCACAGGGGGGCAGACAGGACGCAGCAGCGGCAGCAGCCUGCUCAGUGGUGAGGGACGGUUCAGCAAGCAGAAUAUUGGAGUCUGACAGGACGAGACCUGCCAUAAAAAGUGAGAGCCCAUGGGAAACCAUUAGUUCCUCCACUGAGAUGAGCAGUUUUCAUCAGGAUGAAGAACAAGCUGCAGCUGAACUUCCGAAAGAGCAGCCUGAACUUAUUGUGGUAAAGGAAGAGCCACCAGAACUGGACACUGGAGACACUGAACAAGACAGGACAAGUGAAAACACAGGAAGAGAGGUGGUCAUAGACACUCAGAAGAGUCCAGAUGUGAUGCAGCGUCCCAAACCCAUCGCAGAGCAUCAACAACCCAUGUUCACUGAUAACUUUGUGAACCUGAGCACCCAGUCAUCGCUUGCUGGACCAGGAAGGAGAGAAACACAGUGGAAUCCACAGCUUGCACCCUCACACACAAACCUAGAGGCUGGGAAAAGCAUUGCUCAAAAUGUUGCCUCCCAAAGCUUAAGUGUGCUCAGAAAUAUGAAGAUUCACAACUUGAGGACCUCUGCUGCAAAGAGGUUUGGCUGCUUGCAGUGCGGCAAGAGCUUCCGAUGCUUUAGUCAGCUUGAAAUACAUCAGAGAAGUCACACGGGAGAGAAACCCUUCAGGUGCACGCUGUGUGGCAAGAGAUAUGCACAAAAAGGGCAUCUGUAUACACACCAGCGCACACACACAGGGGAGAAGCCAUAUCGCUGUCCUAUUUGUGGAAAGGGCUUUAUUCAGAAAUGCACUCUUGAUAUGCAUCAGCGUACACACACCGGAGAAAAACCUUUUGUUUGUAUCAAGUGUGGCAAGGGUUUUACAAAAAACUGUAAUCUGAAAAAACACCUUGCAGUACAUUUAGAUCCUAGUUUGAACAUGUAUAGUAGCGAAUCUGGUGCACCGACAUUUAGUGGAACAUUCAUUAAUGGAACCACUUAAAAAAAGUCCAUCUACUGUAACUUCUCUGGCUGUUUGAUUGAAAUAAAUAUUUGAAGAUAUCUUUGCUCCAGA